AUGGUGUCCAGCAUCUUUUUUCUCCUGUGUUUUAUUGGGCUCAGCCGCGAGGACGCACAGAAGAUUUUUAAAGGCACAGAGUGUAUCCCUCACUCUCAACCUUGGCAGGUGGGGCUGUUUGAAGGUACACAGCUGCGCUGUGGGGGGGGGGUCCUCAUUGACCGCAGGUGGAUUCUCACAGCUGCUCACUGCAGCAGCAGCAGGUACUGGUUGAGCCUGGGGGAACACAGCCUCAGCCAGCUGGACUGGACCGAAAAGAUCCGGCACAGUGGCCUCUCCGUGACCCACCCUGGCUACCAGGCAGCUCUGCAGAACCAUGACAAUGACCUCUGGCUUCUGCAACUGGGCUUCCCUGUCCUCUUGACCCGCAGCAUCCAGCCCCUGCCCCUGCCCGCGACCUGUGCAGUGGCUGGCACCAAGUGCCGCAUCUCGGGCUGGGGCACCACCAACCACCCAGGGAACCAGCUGUCAGACCGACUCCAAUGCCUUAACUCUAAUGCCACCUGCCGGGCGGCGUUCCCCGGGAGAAUCACGGACAACAUGGUGUGUGCCGGCGGCGUCGCUGGGGAGGACGCCUGCCAGGGUGACUCUGGGGGUCCCCUAGUAUGCGGAGGAGUCCUUCAGGGUCUGGUGCCCUGGGGAUCCGUGGAGCCUUGUGGGCAAGAAGGCAUCCCAGGGGUCUACACCAAUAUUUGCAAAUACGUGGACUGGAUCCGGAUGGUCAUGAGGAACAACUGACCUGCUCCCUCCACCUUCAUGCCUCAGCUUGGGGGCCACUUUGACCCUCAGAGCGCCAAUACCUCCUCCAUCAUCACCCCCAGCUCCCACUCUUCUUGGACUGGGGAUCUUCUUCCUGGAACUCCAACUCCAGCCAGCCCUUCUAAGACCCAUGGUUGGGGGAG